GAACGCCCGCAGAUGACAUUUCAAAAUGAGCAGCCGGAAGAUUGGGAUCGUGGGCAGUGGACUGAUUGGCAGGGCGUGGGCGAUGCUCUUCGCAGCGGCUGGCUACCGGGUCCAGCUCUACGACAUCCUGGAGAGCCAGCUGUCCACGGCCCUGCAGGAGCUGGACCGGGAGCUGCACAGUCUGGAGGAGAAGGGUGCGCUGCGCGGAAAGAUUCGGGCCUCGGAGCAGUUUGCCCUCAUCGAGGUCACCACCCGACUGGAGGAACUGACCAGUGAGGCGCUGUAUAUUCAGGAGUGCGUACCCGAGGUGCUGGACCUAAAGAAGUCGCUGUACUCCCAGCUGGAUGAGCUGCUCGAGGAGCAGACAGUGGUGGGCAGCUCCACGAGCACCUUUAUGCCAUCGCUGUACAGCGAGGGCCUCAAAAGGAGGCAACAGAUUCUGGUGGCACAUCCGCUGAACCCGCCGUACUUCAUACCCCUUGUGGAGAUAGUGCCCGCUCCCUGGACAUCCCCAAGUGCCGUGGAGCGCACCCAUGACCUCAUGCUCAGCUUGGGCCAGCGUCCGGUGACCCUGAAGAAGGAGAUCCAGGGCUUUGCCACCAACCGCAUUCAGUACGCCAUCCUCAACGAAGUGUGGCGCUUGGUGGUCUCCGGCAUCCUCAGCGUGGCGGAUGUGGAUCGAGUGCUGAGCCAAGGAUUGGGAUUGCGAUAUGCUCUCCUCGGAUCCCUGGAGACGGCCCAUCUAAAUGCUCCUGGUGGCGUGGCCGACUAUUUCCAGCGAUUUGGUGGCGAAAUCUCGGCAGUUAGUGCCACCUAUGGCCAGACCCCCAAUACUCGGGAAGAUCGGGAGACCCUGGCGGAGAUUGCUCGGCAGUGUGAGCAGCUGGUGCCACUCGAGAAUCUGGCGGAGCGACGCGCCACCCGCGACGAGUUCCUCACCCAGCUGGCCAGGCUAAAGAAGCAGUUUGAAUAGGAUAUUAAUUGCUGGGCUUGUGAUGUCCUCCGAAUAAACUGGGAAUCAACUUAA